AAGCAGGACCGGCGUGGGGGCAUGAGAACGCGCCGCGUGCAGGGCAGGGCCGCGCACCCCGCUCCCUACUUCUCGCUGAUCUGGGGCCAGAAGCCCCGAGGUGCCGCAUGCUCGUGGCCGCGUGCGCCCCCGCCCCGAUGAGAACCGGAGGUGGGAGCCGGGGUCUGAGCCAGAGCCGGGACAGCGGCAGGUCAUCCAUUGUCGGACGCCCUCGAGGCUCCUCUGGCCGGCCCGGAUUCGGGAGGGUGAACACGGGCAAAGAGUCGAGUGGCGAAAAUGGAAGAAACAGAAGAAAGAGGAGAAAAAGAAGUGGAAGGAUCUCAAGCUGAUGAAAAAACUGGAGCGGCAGCGGGCACAGGAGGAACAGGCAAAGUGCCAGCAGGAGGAGGAGGCAGCUGCACAGGGCGAGGACAGAGGGCGCCCCUACACCCUGAGCGUGGCCCUGCCGGGCUCCAUCCUGGACAACGCCCAGUCGCCUGAGCUUCGGACCUACCUGGCCGGCCAGAUUGCCAGAGCCUGCGCCAUCUUCUGUGUGGAUGAGAUUGUGGUGUUCGAUGAAGAGGGCCAAGAUGCCAAGACUGUGGAGGGAGAAUUCAGGGGAGUUGGCAAGAAGGGACAGGCAUGCGUGCAGCUGGCCCGGAUCCUGCAGUACCUGGAGUGUCCACAGUACCUGAGAAAGGCAUUCUUCCCCAAGCACCAGGAUCUGCAGUUUGCAGGGCUCCUGAACCCCUUAGACAGCCCUCACCACAUGCGUCAGGAUGAGGAAUCCGAGUUCCGAGAGGGUGUCGUGGUGGACCGGCCCACCCGGCCAGGCCAGGGCUCCUUUGUCAACUGUGGCAUGAAGAAGGUCUUCUGUCUGACAGAUGAGGAACCAGGUUCAGAGAUGUCAAGUGACCCGCCUAAACUCCUACAGCUAGAGGUGAAGAUUGACAAGAAUCUGGAGCCUGGACUUCGGGUGACGGUGCGACUGAACCAGAGGCAGCUCCCAGAAAGCAAGACCUGCCGUGGAAAAGUUGUGUCGUCACAGGACCCUCGCACCAAAGCUGGUCUCUACUGGGGCUACACGGUCCGCCUGGCAUCCUGCCUCAGUGCUGUGUUUGCUGAGGCCCCCUUCCAGGAUGGGUAUGACCUGACCAUUGGGACGUCAGAGCGAGGCUCAGAUGUGGCUUCUGCCCAGCUUCCCAGCUUCAGGCACGCUCUCGUGGUGUUCGGGGGCCUCCAGGGGCUGGAAGCUGGUGUGGAUGCUGACCCCAACCUGGAGGUGGCUGAGCCAAGUGUCCUCUUCGAUCUGUACGUCAACACCUGCCCCAACCAGGGCAGCCGCACCAUCCGCACGGAGGAAGCCAUCCUCAUCUCCCUGGCUGCCUUGCAGCCGGGCCUCACGCAGGCAGGCGCCCGGCCCAGCUGAAGGUUCCGUCAGGCCCAGGACAGGAAGCAGCAGCGGUGAAGCCAGAGGUUCCGGCAGGUCACCUAGGA